AUGGCUUCCAACACAUCAAACCCUGCUAACCAUUUGCCUUACUUCUUUGGUAAUAUCACACGUGAAGACGCCGAGGAGUAUCUAAUGCAGGGAGGAGCAAGUGAUGGACUAUACUUGCUCCGCCAAAGCCGGAAUUACCUAGGGGGCUUUGCCCUGUCCUUGGCCCAUGGAAGGAAGGUUCACCACUAUACAAUUGAGAGGGAGCUGAGUGGCUCCUAUGCUAUUGCAGGAGGCAAGUCGCAUGCCAGUCCUGCUGAACUCAUUAACUAUCACUCAGGGGAAGCGGAUGGCCUUAUCUGUCUACUGAGAAAACCUUUCAACCGGCCACCAGGCGUUGAACCCAAAACAGGACCCUUUGAAGAUUUGAAAGAGAACCUCAUCAGAGAGUAUGUCAAGCAGACUUGGAAUUUGCAGGGGCAUGCUCUUGAACAAGCUAUCAUUAGUCAGAAGCCUCAGCUGGAAAAGCUGAUUGCCACUACAGCCCAUGAGAAGAUGCCAUGGUUCCAUGGGAGGAUCUCUCGGGAGGAGUCAGAACACCGUAUCCUCAUCGGGUCAAGAAACAAUGGAAAAUUUCUUAUCCGAGAAAGGGACAGCAAUGGUUCCUAUGCCCUGUGCCUGCUGAAUGAUGGAAAAGUACUGCACUAUCGUAUUGACAGAGAUAAGACAGGAAAGCUCUCCAUACCAGAUGGAAAAAGAUUUGACACCCUUUGGCAGUUAGUUGAGCAUUAUUCAUACAAACCAGAUGGAUUAUUAAGGGUUCUUACCAUUCCUUGUCCACAACAUGGCUCAGAAAAUGAUAAUCUUGGCUUUAAUACUCAUCCUUCUUCUGCAACGCUUCCUAAGAGUUGGGCAGGAGGUGGAAUUAUCUCAAGACUCAAAUCGUACACCUUCCCAAAGGCUGGCAGCAAAAAGCUUCAGUCAACUAUCAGCCACCCACCAGAAGAAGCACCUUUUAAUCCAUAUGUGUUGCAAAGGAACAGAGGUCUUGCAGGAGCAGAAAGAGGUGAUCAGAGAGAGGCCUUACCCAUGGAUACUGAGGUCUAUGAAAGCCCAUAUGCCGAUCCAGAUGAAAUUAAACCAAAAAAUGUCACUCUUGACAGGAAAUUGUUGACUUUGGAGGAAGGUGAACUUGGCUCUGGCAACUUUGGUACUGUAAAGAAAGGGUUCUAUAAGAUGAAAAAGGGUGCCAAGCCUGUGGCUGUAAAAAUUCUGAAGAAUGAGAGUAAUGAUCCAGCCAUAAAGGAUGAGUUACUGAGAGAAGCAAAUGUAAUGCAGCAACUGGAUAACCCAUAUAUUGUCCGAAUGAUAGGUAUAUGUGAAGCUGAGGCCUGGAUGUUAGUAAUGGAAAUGGCUGAACUUGGGCCAUUGAACAAAUUUUUGCAAAAAAAUAGACAUGUCACAGAGAAGAAUAUAACAGAGCUGGUGCAUCAGGUUUCCAUGGGGAUGAAAUACCUGGAGGAGAAUAAUUUUGUUCAUAGGGAUCUGGCUGCAAGAAAUGUGCUGUUAGUCACCCAACAUUAUGCCAAAAUUAGUGACUUUGGACUUUCUAAAGCUCUUAGUGCUGAUGAAAAUUAUUACAAGGCACAAAGUCAUGGAAAAUGGCCAGUCAAAUGGUAUGCUCCAGAAUGCAUGAAUUUCUACAAAUUUUCUAGCAAAAGUGAUGUCUGGAGCUUUGGGGUUUUAAUGUGGGAAGCUUUCUCUUAUGGACAAAAACCAUAUAAGGGAAUGAAAGGUGGUGAAGUUGCUCAGAUGAUUGAAAGAGGAGAACGAAUGGAACGUCCUGAAGUCUGCCCAACAGAAGUCUAUAGUCUAAUGAAAUUAUGUUGGACAUACAACGUUGACGACCGACCAGGAUUUGUUGCAGUUGAGAUGAGAUUACGUAACUACUAUUAUGACAUUUCCCACUAACAGCGUGGAGAACAGCAGCUUCCUCAUCUCCAGCCAGCAUCCUCGGAGAAGCAGUUCAUUUUCCAAAAUCAAACAACCUCAAUUUUUGUAAUUCCAUUUUCAACUUGCAAAGCUCAGAGCUGGGCCUUGCGUCUGUAAGGUUGCUUUUUCUUACCUUCUGCACAAAAUCCAGCCACAAAAGAGUUUUAGAAGUGUAACAGUCUCAAAGUGCACAGCAAGGAUGUUAUUAGAUAAGAUGCUUGUAUUUCUGCUACAUUCCAUUUCAUUUUAUUUACAGCUUUAUUUGCAUCAUAUUUUGCAGUCCUGUAAAAUCUAUUUCAUGACUUUGAGCCCUCUUCCUCUCCUAUAUUGGAAUGCAGAUUGGAAUUUAAAUUCUUGUCAUCAACAUUCUUAACCUUUAAAUGUAUUUAGCUGUUCCAGCCUUCCCUUUCCUCAAGGAAGAAUAGCAUAAACAUUCCUCACUAUGAAGGAAAUUCACUGUGCAAGUGUGUCAGAUGCUUUGACUGACAAUGUGUUUGAUUUUAUCACCAAACCCCUUUACACCAAAUAACAUUAUUCCUAGUA